UUAAUUUGGUAUAUGCGCAAUUGUUGCGCAAAAUCACACAGACUGGGAUGAAGUGAUGGAACAGUUUCCGGUCACAUGUUCGACUCUGUUGGGUCAUGUGAUCUAAAUCAGUAAAAAUGAAAGCUGGGCGCAGCCAGCUGGAUACUGCGGUGCUUGUUUUAAUUAUCAGUCAUUUAUGUUUUUACGCCCCCUGUGAGUUGACUAGGCUGCCGGUAUGUAAACUGUGUAGUGGGUCUGUCCUCAAUGAAACCGCAGUGGGACAUUUUUGCUUCGUUUCCAAUGGAAGGCUCGAGGGACGCUGUUGCCUGAAAAAUGACAGCAACAGCAAUGGCACUGAACGCAUCAUCGGGUUGGAUCUGUCCAAUUGUUCAUUAAAACAAGUGGAUGAUCUUCAUGAGGCAGCAACAGCAUAUAUGAUAGACCUCUCACUCAAUCCUCUUGUCAACCUGAGUGACUCAGUGUUUGAAGGGUUUAGUGACUUAAACUACAUGAUUUUACCAAUAGACAUAUUUUGUCCAGGAGGCAACCAAUCAUGGUCAAAAGUGGAGCUAAGAGAAGGAAGUCGUCUCUGUGAAGAUCCAAAAAACAUGUGCAAUCAGACUGGACAGCUGGUCAUCGACUGCCCCGAGAACUCCCUCUGCACGCCUUAUGGCCCCGGCUUCUUUGAGUGUAACUGUGCUGAUAAUUACUAUGGAUACAAGUGUCUUCGAGAGGGGGAAUUCCCAGCCCUGCAGGUAUUUGGGCCUCUUGGAGCUUCCACGGUUGUGCUCUCUUUCCUGCUCUGGGUCACACAGAGACGUAAGGCCAAAGCCCUGUGAGCUGCAAAUGUCUGGUUUUUAUCUUUACCUGAGCAGUAACUGACUUUUAUGAGACGGGGGAAAUGCUGACAGUAGAGCCUGAGGAGAACCUUUGCUUCUUUUAUUUUUUAACCAUUGUAGGGCAGUUGUGUUUUAUUUUCAGUCUGACAGACUUAUUUUACCACUGGUUUUAGGUAUAGUUUUUCCACAUUUUAAAUGUUUUCUGUUUUGUUUUGUUUUUUUAACAGAACCACUAUUUACUGUUUUAUGCAUCUUUAAUUGAGAGGAGAACAAAUUUUGCUCUCCUUCCUGUGCACUGUGCCAACAGAAUACUGACUUGGUUUAUAGCAGGCAAUUUCAUCUUGAAAUUUCCAGAGGGGGGCUGUAGAGCCCUAAUGUUUUUUGAAUAAUGUACUUGGACUUCACUCAGAAAGAAAACAAGCUGACUUUAGCAAAAGUAUUAUCUUAUAAUCCUGCCUCAUAAUAUUUAGUUUGUUUCAUCUUUGCUUGAAACGGAACGUUGCUGUUGUGUAGCUGUGAAUACGGUCCUGCAUCAGUUCCUACACUCGUGUGUGUGUGUGUGUGUCCUUUAUUGACAAUAAUGUUAUUGCUUGACUAGUCUACGCUGCUUUUAAAUAAAAUUCAGGGCCCAAAAAAAAU